ACGUGAGUCUUUUCAGACUUGAUUUGGAUUUCUUUUGGUUUAAAUUCUGUGUUUCCAGCAAGGGCGGUGGAAAGAUGUUGCAAAUUAGUGCCAGGGGUGUGAGUCUGUCGUUCCGGGGGACCCACAGAUUCUCUACACGAUUAAGAGGUUUUGCUGCUUCUGCCUCAACGCAGUCGUACGAUAUGAGAAGAGUCGAAAUAACUCCGCUGGAACAAAGAAAACUUACCUUUGACACUCAUCGUCUUGUGCGAGAUCUAGAGGCCCAUGGAUUUGCAAAAGAACAGGCUGAAACCGUUGUCUCAGCGUUAAUGAGUUUGUCAACGGUCAGCCUGGACACUGUCUACAAGGAUAUGGUAACCCAAGCCCAACAGGAAAUAACUUUGCAACAGAUAAUGGCUCAACUGGAUUCCAUUCGGAAGGACAUGGUCAUUCUUGAGAAGAGCGAAUUUGCCAAUUUGAGAGCAGAAAAUGAGAAAAUGAAAAUUGAAUUGGAUCAAGUUAAACAGCAACUAAUGAAUGAAACUAGUCAGAGCAGAGCAGAAAACAAGCUGGACAUCAACUUGGAGAGAAGCAGAGUGACAGAUAUGUUCGCAGAUCAGGAAAGAAAGCUCAUGGAAGCCUCAACAGAAUUCCAUAAAAAAGAUUCAAGUACCAACAGUUCCCUUACAGAAGUAGGCAAUAAAAUUGAUGCUGAAAUUGCAGCCCUCAAAACUCUCAUGGAGUCGAAUAAACUGGAAACCAUCCGUUAUUUGGCAGCCUCUGUUUUCACUUGCCUUGCCAUUGCUUUGGGAUUUUAUCGAUUUUGGAAAUAGGAAGCCCACCAAUGGAAAAGAGGACAGAACAAAAACACUCCUAGUUUGACACCUACAACAUAUCUGAGAUAACGUCCUCUGGCUGAUCCUUUCAGCUCUCUUCUAUCAGCCAUGAUCCCUUUUUAUCAUAUAUUGCUAUGGACAGAACAGCUCAAACAAUUUGUCCUCAAUUAAAGAGUUGUGGAGGCUGAUAUACUGGAGCCCAAGAGAUCUGUGGAGCUUGAAAAUCUAGAAAAGGGAGGUAAAGGUGUAUUGGAUGAUUCAAAAGCUGCAACCAGUUGUCAUGUCAUGUACAGGUAGCUGGUUUUCCCUUCUCCAGCCUGGUCCUCUUGGUCAUCAUCUUCUGAGUUGAAUCUACUUGCUGUCUACCCCAGCUGAAUUGAGACUAUAGCUUUGAGAAUUCAGAUUGGCUAACAAGUUGCACAGUUGCACUCCCAACAUAUCUGGAAGAUCCCAGUAGCAGAAUGCUGGUCCCCGUGCACAGAUGUGGUUCAGAGCUUAAUGCUGCUGAUGGAGAGAUUUCUUACCAUCACCAUCACCAUCCCAUCAGGUACUCCAUUGCCCUCAUACACACCACCACCAGAGAUCCUGUCCCACUUGGGAUGAGAAAACCAGCCAGCAGAGAAUGUUCAAACAAGGGAUUCUACUUGAUGUCUAAGAUGAUUGAAUGUACUGCAAAUGUUUAGUAUUCUCAGAACUUCAUGGCAGCAAUUCUGUCCCCAUGUUCCUCAACCUGGGCAGCUUCCAAAUGCAUGGACUUCAUCUCCCAAAAUUCCCUAACUACCAUGGGCAUUGCUGGGAAUUCUGGGAACAGAGGCAUGCAUCUGGAGAAUUAGUAAUUUUAGGAAAGGCUGGUCUAGGAUAUUCUAACUAACUCGGCCUUUUGAGGAAAAGUAUGUGCUUUAUUACUAAAUCCUGGCCUUUUUCAGUUAAGCAAAAAAGUGCCUUCUGUAAUGUGGCUUAGCAGUGUAAUGAAGGAAGAAUGCCAGAGCAAUUUCAGACUUCUCAGUCAAACUCUUCCAUGGUAGUUCAGUGGAAGUUUCUCUGAGUGUAUUUGUUAACCUGUGGUGUUCUUGCCAGAUUACUCUUCUCAUGCCGAGAAUUGAUUGGAUUUGCCUUAUCCCAGCGGCUGUUUUGGAGCAGCCAUACAGCUGCCAGUAUAACUUGGUUGGGUUUCACACCCUGACUCGCUUACAGACUAACAUGGCACUCUGGCUUGUUAGCCAUAUUUUACUGAAUAAGUCUUGAUUAUCUGGGUUCACGCAGCACACUAAAUCAUAAAACUAUGGUUCAUAAACUGC